UACACAUGGGAUGCACCCAUGGAGUGGUGUACUAUGCAUCACCUUUGUGGUGGCAGGAGUCCGCUCGAGACCAUGGAGAUGCCCUACUGAGUUUCAAACACCCUCCAACUGUGUACAUAUGUGACAUUGCUGGACGUGUUGCCAGACAUGUCAACAAUCGUACACAUCAACAAUUUUUCCAGCCACAUGAUGGGAGGGUAUGUGAGCCAACAGAGGCAAACAUAUCAUUGGCAUCUGCUGGGAAGUUGAGGGUAAAUCUUGACUGGGUUGCCAACAUAAAGAAGAAAACAAGACUUAACCUAGAACACUCAACAACAGAACAGUUUUCACAACCACAUCCAGAAACUGGGACAUCAGACCGCUUCUCCUUUUAUGAUCGGUUCCACCAAAAAAAACAAAAACGACCAGAGGAGAAACUGCGAAGUCUGAAAGCAAUCCCUGAACUGGCUUCUCUAAUCAACACUGCAGAAGCUGAGCAAGUGAAUAGGGAGCUGUCCUCAAGCCGGUAUUCAUUGUGCCAGAUGAAAGAUACUCACUACAUGUUUUCACUACGCCUGUAUUUCCAUCUUCAUAAUGCCAGGAAAAACUCAGCAUUUCUGAAGGAAAUGCAGAAACGUACAGAUGAAAACAUACAUCUAGGACUACACGGCAAACUGGCGUGUGGCCAAAAAGAAACAAUCACACAACAAACAGAACAACAGGGCAGAGAUCCACAUGUCCCAGCCAAAGUGGACAGUGUGCCUGAGGAGGGAAAGAAGUUUUCUGUGGCGAUGUUCCCUAUUGAGCAGAGGCACAAGGAAACAAUCUCCAAACUGUAUUCUGUCAAGAGGAAUGACAAUGAAGUAAUUGCCAGGAUUUCUUCCUAUGCCAUUUUGUAUCUGCGGGACCUGAAAUCUGUUCUCCCCCCACAUUUGUUGAGUGACACAAGCGGUAUAGCAAUGCCUUGGCUAUCUGAUAAUGUAAGUACGAAAUGCUAUAAAGCAUUAUAAAAGUUGUUUUUUCCUUAGAUUUUAUGUUAAUAUGUGAUAUCACCCCACAUAUGUUUAUAUAUUAAAAAAAAAUCUUUUUUUAAGGCUGUCAAUUGC